AAAAUUAAUACGAUUUAUGAUUUACGAUGUCGAUUAUUUUUAUAUCCGAGGAGUAAAAUAGAUAGAGAGAAAAACCGAAAAGAAGACCAUAAUGCCGUCUCUCACUAGUCAGUAGUCACAACGGGGACCUAAACUCAUGUGAUGUUCUUUAUUUUAUUGUCGGCACAAAAUCAUCCAUGCCUUUAGUCACUAUAUAUAUGUGACAAACAACACUCUUGCAACUCAAAUCACUCAGCAAAACAAACUUCAGAGAUUCCUCAGUAGCAAUGAGGGGCCAUUCUCAUUUGCUUUGGUUCUUGUGCUUUGUACUUUUUGUAGCCAGUUCUUGUUGCUUUGCGAAUGAGACAGUCAAGGUAGUUGGAUUUGGAGAAUGUGCAGAUUGCAAAGAGUUCAACAUUAAGACUAGCCUGGCAUUUUCAGGGCUUGGGGUGACUGUUGACUGCAAACAGAAGAACGGAGAAUUCAAGAGAAGAGGAUCAGGAGAGCUAAAUGAAGAGGGCAAAUUUGAGGUAUCCCUAUCAAAGGAGAUCAUCCUCAAAGAUGGGAAACUAAGUGAAGAAUGCUAUGCACAAUUGUACAGUGCAGCAUUUGCACCAUGCCCUGCCCAUGAUGGCAUUGAAGCCUCCAAGAUUGUGUUGAUUGAUGGCAAAUUCGGAUUUUCCAAAACCAUCAAAUUCUCCUCAGCAUUAUGCACUUCAGCUUUCUUAUGGCCAUUCUUCAAGUAUCCACCUUUGCCACCUGUUGAGAAUCAUCCUUGGUUUAGCCAUCCUCCGUUGCCUAAAUUCCCUCCAAUUUACAAGAAACCAUGCCCUCCAAUCAUCAAGAAACCGCUUCCUCCCCCGGUGCCGGUUUACACACCCAAACCGAAUCCUCCACCGGUCCCGGUUUACAAGCCAGCACCUAAGCCAAAACCACUCCCUCCUCCGGUACCGGUCUACAAGCCAAAACCGACUCCAAAACCAAAGCCGCUCCCUCCACCGGUUCCGGUUUACAAACCUAAGCCGAAGCCAAAGCCCGUUUCUCCACCGGUCUACAAGCCACCAGUCUACAAGCCCAAACCAAAGCCACCGGUCUACAAGCCACCAGUCUACAAGCCCAAACCAAAACCACCGGUUUACAAGCCACCAGUCUACAAGCCCCCAGUUUACAAGCCAAAGCCAACACCGAAGCCACUUCCACCACCGGUUUACGAGCCAAAACCGAUUCCACCACCGGUUCCAAUCUACAAACCUCCGGUUUACCAAAAACCGCUCCCACCAUUCCCAUUCUUCCCAAAACCGCCAUUCCCAUACAAGAAGCCUUGUCCACCACUUCUUCCUUUCCCUAAGGUCCCCAUUUCCUGGCCUCCAGUACCACCUUUCGGUCAUCCUUAGAGAAAUUUACCGUUAUUCAUUUCUUCUUCCGCAAGUUACAUUUUCUACCAUGCAAAACUUAUGAAGUUACAAGAAUUACCUGUUCCGUGAGAUUUGUCAAUUUAAGUUAGUUGUGAGUUGGGACAAUUUUAUUAUAUGGCUGAAAUGAUUGGGAAAGUUUGUAAAGUUUUCAAGUGCCAUGCAUGCAUGGUAAUAUUUAUUGUCGUUGUACUGUUAUUUCUUUCUUUUUUUCCCCCAUUUUCUUGUGUUUACACUAUCAAAGUCAAUGAAAGUUAGCCUUCGCUCCUUUCUUCAAUUGAUUCGCAAGAUUUUUAUUGAAUGCUGUGUCUAUAUAUGGAUGUGAUCGAUUCAGCAAUUAAUAUGUUGAUUGAUAGUUGGUAGAUGACGAGGAUCUGUACUCUGUAGGGUACAUGAAACCCUCAUCAGCGGUGCUUAUACUACUCUCUUCCUGUUCUCCUCCGAUGUCGUGUGAUAUUUUGUGUUACACUUUCAUAGAUUAAUACAACUUAGCUAUAUAACCAAUAAUGUAAUUAUCUA